UCUCGUGGGCAGGACUGCAUCUGGUGGUAUGUUUUGGGGUGUCUUUGAGCUUAUUAUGAUUUUAGUCAGCCUCUCUGCUAAUGGGUGGCGUUGUGUUCCUUUCUUACUAGUUGUUUGGCAUGGGGUGUCCAGCACUGGAGCUUGCUAUUUGUUGAGUGGAGCUGGGUCUUAGCAUUGAGAUGGAGAUCUCUGGGAGAGCUUUCACCAUUUGAUAUUCCGUGGGGCCGGGAGGUCUCUGGUGGACCAAUGUUCUGAACUCGGUUCUCCCACCUCAGAGGCUCACGCUUGACACCGGCCAGAGCACCAAGACCCUGUCAUCCACACAGCUCAGAAGAAAAGGGAGGAAAAAAAAAAGAAAGGAAGAAAGAAAGAAAAAUAAAUUAAUUAAAUUAAGUUAUUAAGAUAAAUAACAAAAAAAAUAUUGAAAGUAAAAAAUAAAAAAGGAAAGAAAGAAGAGAGCAAUGAAACCAAUAAACAAAUCCACCAAUGAUAACAAGUGCUAAAAACUAUACCAAGAAAAAAAAGAAAGAAAAUAGACAGAACCCUAGGAUAAAUGGCAAAAGCAAAGCUAUACAGACAAAAUCACAAAAGAAGCAUACACACACACUCACAAAAAGAGAAAAAGGAAAAAUAUAUAUAUACAAAAAAAAAGGGAGAGGGCAACCAAAUCAGUAAACAAAUCUACCAAUGAUAAUAAGUUCUAAAUAUUAAACUAAGAUAAACAUAAAACCAGAAACAAAUUAGAUGCAGAAAGCAAACCCCAAGUCUACAAUUACUCUCAAUGUCCACUGCCUCAAUUUUGGGAUGAUUCGUUGUCCAUUCAGGUAUUCCACAGAUGCAGGGUACAUCAAGUUGAUGAGCUUUAAUCCGCUGCUCCUGAGGCUGCUGGGAGAAAUUUCCCUUUCUCUUCUUUGUUCACACAGCUCCUGGGGUUCAGCUUUGGAUUUGGACCCACCUCUGCGUGUUUCUAGAAUGGAAGAACAGAUGAAUGGCUUGAAAACAUCAAAUGAGAAUCUUCAAAAGCAUGUAGAGGAUCUGUUGACCAAACUGAAAGAGGCCAAGGAACAGCAGGCCAGUAUGGAAGAGAAAUUCCACAAUGAAUUAAAUGCUCACAUAAAACUCUCUAAUCUUUACAAGAGUGCUGCUGAUGAUUCAGAGGCAAAGAGCAAUGAACUGACCCGAGCAGUGGAUGAAUUACACAAACUUUUGAAGGAAGCUGGAGAAGCCAAUAAAGCAAUACAAGAUCAUCUUCUAGAAGUAGAGGAAUCUAAAGAUCAAAUGGAAAAAGAAAUGCUUGAGAAAAUAAGGAAAUUAGAGAAGGAAUUAGAGAAUGCAAAUGACCUGCUUUCUGCCACAAAACGUAAAGGGGCCAUCUUGUCUGAAGAAGAGCUUGCAGCCAUGUCUCCUACUGCAGCAGCCGUAGCUAAGAUAGUGAAACCUGGCAUGAAGCUAACUGAGCUGUAUAAUGCUUAUGUGGAAACUCAGGAUCAGCUGCUUUUGGAGAAACUAGAGAACAAAAGAAUUAAUAAGUAUCUAGAUGAAAUAGUGAAAGAAGUUGAAGCCAAAGCACCAAUUUUGAAACGCCAACGUGAGGAGUAUGAACGUGCCCAGAAAGCUGUGGCAAGUUUAUCUGUUAAGCUUGAACAAGCUAUGAAGGAGAUUCAGCGAUUGCAGGAGGACACAGAUAAAGCCAAUAAACAUUCAUCUGUGCUUGAAAGAGACAAUCAAAGAAUGGAAGUACAAAUAAAAGAUCUUUCACAACAGAUUAGAGUGCUUCUAAUGGAACUUGAAGAAGCGAGGGGUAACCAUGUAAUCCGUGAUGAGGAAGUAAGCUCUGCUGAUAUAAGUAGUUCAUCUGAAGUAAUAUCACAGCACCUAGUAUCUUACAGAAACAUUGAAGAGCUUCAACAGCAAAAUCAACGUCUCUUAGUGGCCCUUCGGGAACUUGGGGAAACCAGAGAAAGAGAAGAACAAGAAACAACUUCAUCCAAAAUAACUGAGCUUCAGCUCAAACUUGAGAGCGCCCUCGCUGAACUGGAACAACUCCGUGAAUCACGACGACAUCAAAUGCAGCUUGUUGAUUCCAUAGUUCGUCAGCGUGAUAUGUACCGUAUUUUGUUGUCACAGACAACAGGAGUUACCAUUCCUUUACAAGCUUCAAGCUUAGAUGAUAGUUCUCUUGUGUCAACUCAAAAACGUUCAAGUACAUCACAGACUGUUUCCACUCCUACUCCAGUACCUGUAAUUGAGUCAGCAGAGGCUAUAGAAGCCAAGGCUGCCCUUAAACAGUUGCAGGAAAUUUUUGAGAACUACAAAAAAGAAAAGGCAGAUAAUGAAAAAAUGCAGAAUGAGCAGCUUGAGAAACUUCAGGAGCAAGUCACAGAUUUGCGAUCACAAAAUACCAAAAUUUCUACCCAGCUAGAUUUUGCUUCUAAACGUUAUGAAAUGCUACAAGAUAAUGUUGAAGGAUAUCGUCGAGAAAUAACAUCCCUACACGAGAGAAAUCAGAAACUCACUGCAGCAACUCAAAAGCAGGAACAGAUCAUCAACACAAUGACACAAGAUUUGAGAGGAGCUAAUGAAAAGCUAGCUGUUGCAGAAGUAAGAGCAGAAAAUUUGAAAAAGGAAAAGGAAAUGCUUAAAUUGUCAGAAGUUCGUCUUUCUCAGCAAAGAGAAUCUUUGUUGGCUGAACAAAGAGGGCAAAACUUGCUGCUAACUAAUCUGCAAACAAUUCAGGGAAUAUUGGAACGAUCUGAAACAGAAACCAAACAAAGGCUUAGUAGCCAGAUAGAAAAACUGGAACAUGAGAUAUCCCAUCUAAAGAAGAAGUUGGAAAAUGAGGUGGAACAAAGGCAUACACUUACUAGAAAUCUAGAUGUUCAACUUUUAGAUACAAAGAGACAGCUGGAUACUGAGACUAAUCUUCAUCUUAACACAAAAGAACUGUUAAAAAAUGCUCAAAAGGAAAUUGCUACAUUGAAACAGCACCUUAGUAAUGUGGAAGUCCAGCUUGCUUCUCAGUCCUCACAGAGAACUGGUAAAGGUCAGCCUAGCAACAAAGAAGAUGUGGAUGACCUUCUGAGUCAGCUAAGGCAGGCAGAAGAGCAGGUGAAUGACUUGAAGGAAAGACUCAAAACAAGCACUAGUAAUGUGGAACAGUAUCGUGCAAUGGUUACUAGUUUGGAAGAGUCCCUCAACAAGGAAAAACAGGUGACAGAAGAAGUACAUAAGAAUAUUGAAGUUCGCUUAAAAGAGUCAGCUGAGUUUCAGACACAGCUGGAAAAGAAGUUAAUGGAAGUAGAGAAGGAAAAACAGGAACUUCAGGAUGACAAGAGAAGAGCCAUAGAGAGCAUGGAACAACAGUUAUCUGAGUUAAAGAAAACACUCAAUAGUGUUCAGAAUGAAGUACAAGAAGCUCUUCAGAGAGCAGGCACAGCUUUGAGUAAUGAGCAGCAAGCCAGACGGGACUGUCAGGAACAAGCUAAAAUAGCUGUGGAAGCUCAGAAUAAGUAUGAGAGAGAAUUGAUGCUACAUGCUGCUGAUGUUGAAGCUCUACAAGCUGCCAAAGAACAGGUUUCCAAAAUGGUGUCAGUGCGUCAGCACUUGGAAGAAACAACCCAGAAAGCAGAAUCACAGUUGUUGGAAUGUAAAGCAUCUUGGGAGGAAAGAGAGAGAAUGUUGAAGGAUGAAGUUUCCAAGAGUGUGUCUCGCUGUGAAGAUCUAGAAAAACAAAACAGAUUACUUCAUGAUCAGAUUGAAAAAUUAAGUGACAAAAUCGUCGCCUCUAUGAAGGAAGGUGUACAAGGUCCAUUGAAUGUAUCUCUCAGUGAAGAAGGAAAAUCUCAAGAACAAAUUUUGGAAAUUCUCAGAUUUAUACGACGAGAAAAAGAAAUUGCUGAAACUAGGUUUGAAGUGGCUCAGGUUGAGAGCCUGCGCUAUCGACAAAGGGUUGAACUUUUAGAAAGAGAGCUGCAGGAACUGCAGGAUAGUCUAAAUGCUGAAAGGGAGAAAGUUCAGGUAACUGCAAAAACGAUGGCCCAGCAUGAGGAACUGAUGAAGAAAACCGAAACAAUGAAUGUAGUUAUGGAGACCAAUAAGAUGCUGAGGGAAGAAAAGGAAAGGCUAGAACAGGAUCUACAACAGAUGCAAGCCAAGGUGAGGAAACUGGAGUUAGAUAUUUUACCCUUACAAGAAGCAAAUGCUGAGCUGAGUGAGAAAAGCGGUAUGUUGCAAGCAGAGAAGAAGUUAUUAGAAGAAGAUGUCAAACGUUGGAAAGCACGUAACCAGCAUCUAGUGAGUCAACAGAAAGAUCCAGAUACAGAAGAGUAUCGGAAGCUCCUUUCUGAAAAGGAAGUUCAUGCUAAGCGUAUUCAACAAUUGACUGAAGAAACUGGAAGACUUAAAGCUGAAAUUGCAAGAUCAAAUGCAUCUUUGACUAACAACCAGAACUUAAUCCAGAGUCUAAAGGAAGAUUUAAAUAAAGUAAGAACUGAAAAGGAAAGCAUCCAGAAGGACUUAGAUGCCAAAAUAAUUGAUAUUCAAGAAAAAGUUAAAACUAUUACUCAAGUCAAGAAAAUUGGGCGUAGGUACAAGACUCAAUAUGAAGAACUUAAAGCACAACAAGAUAAGGUCAUGGAGACCUCAGCUCAGUCUUCUGGAGAACAUCAGGAACAGCAUGUCUCAGUCCAGGAAAUGCAGGAGCUCAAAGAAACCCUUAACCAAGCUGAAACAAAGUCAAAAUCACUCGAGAGUCAGGUGGAGAAUCUGCAGAAGACAUUAUCUGAAAAAGAGAUGGAAGCAAGAAGUCUCCAGGAACAGACUGUGCAGCUUCAAUCUGAACUUUCACGACUUCGUCAGGACCUUCAAGAUAGAACCACACAGGAGGAACAGCUCCGACAGCAGAUAACUGAAAAGGAAGAAAAAACAAGAAAGGCUAUUGUAGCAGCAAAAUCAAAAAUUGCACAUUUAGCUGGUGUAAAAGAUCAGCUAACUAAAGAAAAUGAGGAGCUUAAACAAAGGAAUGGAGCCUUAGAUCAGCAGAAAGAUGAACUGGAUGUUCGUAUGACUGCUCUUAAGUCCCAGUAUGAAGGUCGAAUUAGUCGCUUGGAAAGAGAACUCAGGGAGCAUCAAGAGAGACACCUUGAGCAGAGAGAUGAGCCUCAGGAACCUACUAAUAAGGUCCCAGAACAGCAGAGACAGAUCACGUUGAAAACAGCUCCAACUUCUGGUGAAAGAGGAAUUGCCAGCACAUCAGACCCUCCAACAGCCAAUAUCAAGCCAACUCCUGUUGUGUCUACUCCAAGUAAAGUGACAGCUGCAGCUAUGGCUGGGAAUAAGUCAACACCCAGGGCUAGUAUCCGCCCGAUGGUUACACCUGCAACUGUUACAAAUCCUACUACUACCCCAACAGCUACAGUGAUGCCCACUACACAAGUGGAAUCACAAGAAGCCAUGCAAUCAGAAGGGCCUGUGGAACAUGUUCCAGUUUUCGGAAGCACAAGUGGAUCUGUUCGUUCUACUAGUCCUAACGUCCAGCCUUCUAUCCCUCAACCCAUUUUAACUGUUCAGCAACAAACACAGGCUACGGCUUUUGUGCAGCCCACUCAACAGAGUCAUCCUCAGAUCGAGCCUACAAAUCAAGAGCUAUCCCCAAACAUAGUGGAGGUGGUUCAGAGUUCACCAGUUGAGCGUCCUUCUACUUCCACAGCAGUGUUUGGCACUGUGUCGGCUACCCCAAGUUCUUCUUUGCCGAAGCGCACACGUGAAGAGGAAGAAGAUAGCACCAUAGAAGCAUCAGACCAGAUCUCUGACGAUACAGUGGAAAUGCCUCUUCCAAAGAAGUUGAAAAGUGUUACACCUGUAGGAACUGAGGAAGAAGUUAUGGCAGAAGAAAGUACUGAUGGAGAGGUAGAGACUCAAGUAUACAACCAAGAUUCUCAAGAUUCCAUUGGAGAAGGAGUCACCCAGGGAGAUUAUACACCAAUGGAAGACAGUGAAGAAACCUCUCAGUCUCUACAAAUAGACCUUGGACCUCUUCAAUCAGAUCAGCAAACAACAUCAUCACAGGAUGGUCAAGGCAAAGGAGAUGAUGUCAUUGUAAUUGACAGUGAUGAUGAAGAGGAGGAUGAUGAUGAAAAUGAUGGGGAACAUGAGGAUUAUGAAGAAGAUGAAGAAGAAGACGAUGAUGAUGAAGAUGACACAGGGAUGGGAGACGAGGGUGAAGAUAGUAAUGAAGGCACUGGUAGUGCAGAUGGCAACGAUGGGUAUGAAGCUGAUGAUGCUGAGGGUGGUGAUGGGACUGAUCCAGGUACAGAAACAGAAGAAAGUAUGGGUGGAGGUGAAAGUAAUCAGAGAGCAGCUGAUUCUCAAAACAGUGGUGAAGGAAAUACCGGUACUGCAGAGUCCUCUUUUUCCCAGGAGAUUUCUAGAGAACAACAGCCAUCAUCAGCAUCUGAAAGACAGACCCCUCGAGCACCUCAGUCACCAAGACGCCCACCACACCCACUUCCCCCAAGACUGACCAUUCAUGCCCCACCUCAAGAGUUAGGACCACCAGUUCAGAGAAUCCAGAUGACCCGGAGGCAGUCUGUAGGACGUGGGCUUCAGUUGACUCCAGGAAUAGGUGGCAUGCAGCAGCAUUUUUUUGAUGAUGAAGAUAGAACAGUUCCAAGUACCCCAACUCUUGUUGUGCCACAUCGUACUGAUGGAUUUGCUGAAGCAAUUCAUUCCCCACAGGUUGCUGGUGUUCCUAGAUUCCGUUUUGGGCCACCUGAAGAUAUGCCACAAACGAGUUCUAGUCACUCUGAUCUUGGCCAACUUGCUUCUCAAGGAGAAUUGUCUUUAGGUUUGGGAAUGUAUGAAACACCCCUCUUCCUAGCUCACGAAGAGGAGUCAGGUGGCCGAAGUGUUCCCACUACUCCUCUGCAAGUAGCAGCCCCGGUGACUGUAUUUACUGAGAGUACCACCUCUGAUGCUUCAGAGCAUGCUUCUCAGUCUGUUCCAAUGGUGACAACAUCCACUGGCACUUUAUCCACAACAAAUGAAACAGCAACAGGUGAUGAUGGAGAUGAAGUAUUUGUGGAGGCAGAAUCUGAAGGUAUUAGUUCAGAAGCAGGCCUCGAAAUUGAUAGCCAGCAGGAGGAAGAGCCUGUUCAGGCAUCUGAUGAGUCAGAUCUUCCUUCCACCAGCCAGGACCCUCCUUCCAGUUCUUCUGUAGAUACCAGCAGUAGUCAGCCAAAGCCUUUCAGACGAGUAAGACUUCAGACAACAUUGAGACAAGGUGUCCGUGGUCGUCAGUUUAACAGACAGAGAGGUAUGAGCCAUGCAAUGGGAGGGAGAGGAGGAAUAAAUAGAGGAAAUAUUAAUUAAGUGUUCUAUAAACUAUAAUAACUGUGAAUAAGCUAGUCAAAUCUGUUUUAGUGUAAUGAUUGUCGAGUUGAAAAACAUUUUUGUAUUUAAAUUGGUAUGCUUAUAUCAACAUUCUUUAUUAAUAAAAUGUGUUUCAGUGUCAAAA